UUUCAUGGCUACGAAAAUGAGAAUGUAAACAGAUGGUUGCAGCGGUUCGCACUUUAUUUGGCAAAUAAAAGAAUUCCUGAAACUAGUAAACAAGCGGCCAUCCAGUUAGCCCUUCACCUCUCUAGACCGGCUGAAUCUUUCUACUAUAAUUUGUGCAGCACAGUACAAGGGUCCUACGUAGAGUUACGUAAGGCUUUACAAGAACGCUUUGCUCCUGCACAUCGCCCUCUACGCCUUCGACAAGCGCUUUCUAUUCGACACCAAGGUCCGCAAGAACCCAUCGAAAAGUUCCUCGCCGAUUAA